CGUCUGCAAUGCAUGCUCCAUGGGCUUGCAGCCUCUGGGGACCCCCUGACCUCUUUGUGUGCUUUUAUUUUGCAGGUGGGCAGGAGAGGGGGACUCACCAUGGCCUUGGCGGACAACACAGGUUGCGCCAAACCCGGCGACGACUUGGUUUUCCCAGAGAUCGUAGAGCUGAACGUGGGGGGUCAAGUCUACAUCACCCGGCGCAGCACCCUGGUCAGCAUCCCCGGCUCCUUGCUCUGGGAGAUGUUCACGCAGAAGAGCAUCCGGUCCUUGGCCCGGGACAGCAAAGGCCGGUUCUUUGUGGACAGAGACGGCUUCCUCUUCCGCUACAUCUUGGACUACAUGAGGGACCAGCAGCUCAUCCUCCCCGAACACUUUCCCGAGAGGGGCCGCUUGCAGCGCGAAGCAGAGUUCUUUCAGCUGCCCGAGCUGGUCAAGACCCUGGCCCCCAAGCUCAGCAAGCAGAACUCCCUCGGAGAUGAGCCCUGCCAAAGCGACCCCGAGGAGCUCUCGCCCAGUAUGGACACUGCCCGCAGCCUGGCCGCCGCCAGCACUACCCUGGCCGGCACCCCCGGAGGGUCAGCCCCGGCCUCGGCCGGGGGAGGCGCUGGGCCAGAUAUCCGAAGGUCGGGCUUCAUCACCAUCGGCUACCGGGGCUCCUACACCUUGGGCAGAGAUAGCCAAACGGAUGCCAAAUUCCGCCGGGUGGCACGGAUCAUGGUGUGUGGGAAGACCUCCCUGGCAAAGGAGGUUUUUGGGGAGACGCUGAACGAGAGCAGGGACCCCGACCGGCCCCCGGAGCGGUACACGUCCAGGUACUACCUCAAGUUCACCUUCCUGGAGCAGGCCUUUGACAAACUGGCUGACGCCGGCUUUCACAUGGUGGCGUGCAACUCCACCGGCACCUGCGCCUUUGCCCACGAACAGACGGACGACAAGAUCUGGACCUCUUACACCGAAUAUGUUUUCUACCGUGAGUGACGCUUACCAAACCAAAAUGCACCAAAAGCCCGUUGCCCCUUGCUCCUCCCCGGGCUGCUGUUCUCUUUAGAACGUAGACGCCGACGCCGCCCGCCCGUCAAGCCCUUGAACCUCUGAGCCUCCUCUCCUCCUCCCUCGUUUUCCAAACUGAACCCUCUCCGGCUCCUCCUUGUACCAGCUCCCGACUAACGCCAACCCUUCCUCCCAACAGUAGAUCGCAGCUUUCCUUGGACCGUGGACUCGGACACUGUUGUGCUUGUGUGGUGGGGUUGUGGGGAACAGAUUCUGUAUCUUUC